GGGGUUUUCAACGCGCGAUACACGCGGCGUAUACGCAACGCGGCCAAUAUCAGACGCCAAAAAAGACGAAAAAUUGCGCGAACUAAAUUGAGGAACCAAAAAAUAAAAUAUAUAUAUAUCUAUAAAGCCAUAAAGGAACAAAAACAACAGUAGCAGCCAAGUGGAGACCGUAGAUGAUAAAUCUUUAACGUGGAUUUUAUGCAUGUAAGCCAGCGAAAGACUCUCAGUCACGAUAUGAUGCAUGAGCCGUGAGCCAGAGAGUUUAAUAUGUAAACUCCUUCAAAGCGCUGAGUUUUCAGCAUCAAAAGUGCAGCGGCGUUAAUUUGCCCAAUAAAAUGCAACGAGCUAAGGAGAGCAACUAACGCAGCCAUAAAUAUAAUCAGCCACUGAGAGUCGGCGAGCAAUGAAACGAGUUUUUUCCCCGCAAGACAAAGGAAAAACCGGCGGGGGAAAAUCAACAGGGAAAUCUCAGCGGGCGGUGCGCCGCAUUUAGAGGCAGUGAAACUGGCAGCCAUCGGGCACAGUCCUUCCUGAGACUCUGAUCCUAAGUCUCCUGCUCCUGCCACCCGACUUCCUGCCGCCGCCUUCAUGAGCCGAGCACUUCCGCUUCUUAUCGCGGCAAUGUAAGCGCGUUUCCGUUUAGGACUCAAUCCCAGUCUCGUUUCGCAGCAUCGGGAGCGGCAUUAAACUAGCAGCUCGGCACUGGAUUACAAGUAAAUUGGAAAGGAUUUAAAGAUGAGCCUGCUGCGCCUGCUUGGUGCCCUCCUGUUGGCCACAUUCAAUGGAAUGGCACCUGUGCCCGCGGAGGGAUUGCACCUGUCGAACCUCUCCGUUCCGCGCAUUAUCGACGUGGCCCAGAAGGCGAAGCUCUUCUGCAGCUACGCGAUGGGCAAUCGGACGCUGAACUCUGUCAAAUGGUACAAGGAUGGCCAGGAGUUUUUCAGAUACUCGCCGCUAACGCCGCCGACAACAAAUUGGUUCCCCGUUACAGGUGUCACCAUCGCCGACGGUUCGCCGCAUUGCAAUCAAUUCAUCUGCAACGUGGAGCUGGAGAAGCUCAGCGCCCACUCCUCGGGGCAAUACAGGUGCGAGGUGUCCGGCGAUGCGCCCGAGUUCAAGCUGAUCGAUCAGACGGCCAAUAUGACAGUCGGAGUGCUACCCAAAUUCGAUCCAUUUAUCUCGGGCGUUCGACAUGCCUACAAAUAUCACGACUAUCUGAUUGCAAACUGUAGUUCAGAAAUGUCCAGUCCGAUGCCCAAGUUGAUGUGGUAUAUCAACAACAAAACGGCACCUGGGCACAGCUUGCAGCCGCAAAUCAACGAAGUCUCACGCAACACCGACGGCUUUCACCUGUUCGCCAGCCACCUGCAGUUGCGCCUCCACCUGGACGACCAGCGGUUCAUCAGCAAGAGCGAGAUGCUGGAGCUCCGGUGCACGGCGGACAUCAUGGGUCUGGCGGCGGUGCGGAGGGAGAGCCGGGUAAGGACCACCAUCCUGGCGCUCAAGGACGCCGGCACCAAGCAGCGGCUCACCGAGAACGGCUCCUGCAUCACCGGACAACCAGCUUCUCUGGCUGCCUGGCUUCUGAGCCUUGUCCACAUUCUGCGCUGGCAUAGCUCCCAAAGUUAGUGGCUGGCAUUGACGGGGGCUUUAUUUGUGGCCUAAGUUUCCAGGACUCGUCUCCAAGUGCACACAUUCUUCAACCAAAAAAAAAUUGAGACAGACACGGGCGCCAAAUAAAUUGGGUGAUUCGCACCAUUUCGAGCCAAAUAAAAAAGUUAACAAGCCAAGGCAGCAACAGUUGAAUUUGUACAUAGUCGAAAUCGAAUUAGUCUAGGUCCGUGCAGGAAGCCCAGCCAUUUCCUACAUAAGUGUAAUGAAACAUUUAUUAUGUGUUAUGUGUGAACAAGCCAUCGGAAAUGCGAAACCGAAAAAUCAACACAAAUGGAAAACUAUGAAACGUAAAUUAUUAUAUAGGUAUCUAAACGUAAAAUUUGCUACCAAAUACGAAUAUAUGUCAGAAUUAUUUCAAUAGAGGAGGGCAAUUCGAAUAUCAACAAAUUUACACAUGAAUAUUUGAGCACAGAAAAAGGAACACACACAAUCAAUGGCAAGUAAACUUAAUUAUUGUAUGUGAACUGUUAAUUGUAUUAAACGAUGUAUGGGA